UCUUUGAAUUUUAAAAUUAAUUUAUUUUAAUCGAACAUAAUGGCUGCAGCUUUACCAAUGGAGUCCAAUCCAGAGACAAUGAAUAAGUAUCUACAGAAAUUGGGAGUACCUAAAGAAUGGCAGAUGGUAGAUGUUAUUGGACUGGAAGGAGAUGCUUUAAACUGGGUACCUAGACCCGUUCUGGCUGUUAUUCUCCUAUUUCCACUAUCCGAUAACUAUGAGCGACAUCGAGCGCAGCAGGAAAACGAACUUUUAAGCAAGGAUCAGCAACCGCCAAAAGACGUUUUCCAUUUAAAACAGGUGCUCAGUAACAUUUGCGGUACAAUUGCAUUAGUACAUGGCGUCGCAAACAAUAUUCAUCAAAUUAAUCUAGAAGAUGGUCUUCUGAAAAACUAUUUAAAUGAUUCGAAGGGAUUAGACGCUGCCGCUAAAGGCGCGCUCUUAGAGAACUCUGCUAAUAUUUUGGAAGCAUAUAAGGAUGUUAUUGAUACGGGAGCAAGUACUGAAGACAAUGAAACUGUAAAUAAUCAUUUCAUAACAUUUAUCCAUAAGAACGGUUGUCUAUAUGAGUUAGAUGGACGUAAAACUUUGCCUAUAAACCACGGGCCAACGACUGCAGAGAAUUUUCUAGAAGAUGCUGCAAAAAUCUGUCGUCAAUUCAUUGAACGCGAACCAGAUCACAUCGGAUUUAAUGUUGUCGCUCUUGUCCCUGCUCAAUAAUUAUUGUUCAAACGCAUACAUGUUUGAUUCAAUGUUCUUUUCUUUUAU